AUGGCAACUCCAGCAGAUUUGAAACUUCUUGCUGAGCGACUCUCCGCUCCACCCUUCUCCAAGACUUGGACAGUCAUUCAACUUCACGAUACUAUCACGCCUAUUCAGCUUUUACAAUGUAUUAGUGAUGUGGUGUCCAAUAUUGACCAAGCCAACUUACAGUCUCCACAUCGUAAUGUUGAUAUUCGAAACGAACUGCCAGAAGAUACGGUUGCAAGGCUAUCCGACUUUUUACGCAUGCUCAAGUUCAAGGAUGCAGUAUCCAAUUUUGAUGAACUCGGUCAAAAUCUGUUUGAACUAGAACGCAAAACUCUUUUUUCCACACUCUUGUUUCUCGUAAAAGAUUUUGAAAUACAUAAAAAGCGAGCAUACUUGGCUUUAUUUCUAUCCAUUCCUGAAGUUCCUCCAGAGUUUUCUCAGGAUCAAAGCGAUACUUACCAUUACAUGUUCUCGAUGAUGGCAUUCAUUCAAAAUGUAGUGAUUGUGGAUCUUAUAACUCAAAUCAGCUCGGCUCAGGAAGAAUUUAAAAGCUCGCAUAAAUGGCUUGAUGGAUUAAAACAAUCAGGUAAUAAUGCCGCUGUAAUCAAAAGAGAAAUACAACAGAUGGAAGAAGAAAAGCAACAGGUCAUGAGUAAAGUUGCCAAACUUCAAAAAAAAGUAGAGGGUGUGGCCAAUUGCAACCAGUGGUUAGAGGCUGCAAGAAAUCUGAGAAUGGAGCAGCAAAGCGAGGCAGAGAUUACAGAACGGAUAAAGGAUCAACGCAUGCAGGUCACCAAUGCAGAUCAAAAAUUAAACAAAGCCAUACAAGAGCUAAAGAAUGUCAAGGCAAACUUGACAAGUGCAAGUCCCGAUGCAUUUUUUGCAAAAAUGCAGGAAGAAUACAAAAUGAAUCGGUUUCUUUCCGAAGAAAGCUUGCCUAAAACAGUCGAGGAAAUCCGAUCAAAAAUUCGCGACUUGUCAAGUAUUCUUGCAGAACCGGCAAUGAGUGAAUCGGAUCUCACUGCAAUUGAAAAAGAGAUUUCCGAAACAAAUUUAAGAAUUGCUCAACUUGCUGAGCAAAAGAUGACCAAAGCCAGCACAUCGGAUGCAAACCUAGCCCUAUUUAGACAGCAAGCAGCAAUCAUUUCUCGCAAAAAGGAAGGCGCAGUUCAACGCCUAUCAGCACUAACGGCAGAGCUUGCUGUUCUCAAUACGCAAUGGGCAUCUAAACAGGAUCAAAUUAAACAGUCAUCAGGAACAAAAAUGCUUAAAGGAGAAGAUUUUAAGAGAUAUGUAUCUGAGUUACGUGGCAAGUCUACCAACUUUAAACGCAAAAAGGCAGAGUUGUCCGAACUCAUGGCAGAGUAUGGCAUUUUACAGCGUACUGGAGAGUUGCUUCAAACCAAAGAAACAGCACUUCAAGAUAUGAUUCAUGCCAUAGAACAAAAGCGCGGUGUUGUUGGGUUUCAUGCAGCCCAGGAAACACUUGAAAAGGUAUCCGAGAAAAAGAGUGAGAUUGAUCAAGUUAAAGGUCGAACACUUGACGAGAUAUCAGAGAUUAUUCAAACGCUUUUAAACACAAUCAAUGAGAAAAAAAACAUGCUGGCGCCAGUAAUUCAAGAACUGCGACAACUUCGCCAAGAUGCCCAAGAGCUAGAAAUAAACUAUUUGGAGAAAAAACGAAUUUAUGAUGCAACUCUUAUUGGAGUUGAAAGUUGCAAGUAUAUUGGCCAUGAGGUUCUAAGCGAUUUAGUUUACAGUGAGACAACAAAGAUGGAUCAAGAGAUGAAAGGAAACCGACAAGAUAUUAUUAACGAUCAGAGUCGAUAUCAUUAUAUCAAUUGUAUGCAUCAGCUAGCAGAGAUAUCACAGGAUCGAGUGAUGGCUGAAAUGAAGUCAUAUAUUGGCGGAGACGAGAUGAUUGAGCUUCAACAAAAGGCACGCGGAUUCAAAACCUAUCGUGAACAUUAUAACAAAAAGAUUGUUGAGCAUGAACAUCACGUCAAGGCACUUCGAGAACAGCAGAAAAAAGUCAAGGCUGAACAUGAACCGAACAUGAAGCAGAUUGGUAUGUUUGCGGAUGUGUGCAAGCUGUUGGCACUUAAAUAUGAGCACAAUAAUCGGGUAUUGAAUGGUGAAGGCCAAGCCGAGACUGGCAUCGUGACUAUGGACAGACUCGUGCUUUAG